UGUUGUGGAGCGUGACCGGAGGAGGCGGGAGUUCGGGACCGGCGCCUUCUCCUUGCUUCUCGGGGUCGUGGCCUUGCUCCCGCCGUGCAAGGGAAGAGUUCGGGCGUGUCCACGCGCGUGUGUGCGCGUGGGGCCUGAAGUGCUCGUGCGUCCAGCUAGGUCUCUGUGGGGGCAGAGGCAGGAGCCAUGGGCGGGACCUCCAGCACCCGCCGGGUCACCUUCGAGGCGGACGAGAAUGAGAACAUCACCGUGGUGAAGGGCAUCCGGCUUUCAGAAAAUGUGAUUGAUCGUAUGAAGGAAACCUCCCCAUCUGGUUCGAAGUCUCAGCGGUAUUCUGGCGCUUAUGGUGCCUCAGUUUCUGAUGAAGAAUUGAAAAGAAGAGUGGCUGAGGAGCUGGCGUUGGAGCAAGCCAAGAAAGAGUCUGAAAAUCAGAAACGACUUAAGCAAAGCAAAGAACUGGAUCGAGAGAGGGCUUUUGCCAAUGAGCAGUUAACCAGAGCUAUUCUUCGAGAAAGGAUAUCAAGUGAAGAAGAACGAGCCAAGGCAAAGCACCUGGCUAAGCAGCUGGAAGAGAAAGAUCGAGUGAUAAAGAAGCAGGAUGCAUUCUACAAAGAGCAGCUGGCUAGACUGGAGGAGAGGAGCUCAGAAUUCUACAAAGUCACCACCGAACAAUAUCAGAAAGCAGCUGAAGAGGUGGAAGCAAAGUUCAAGCGGUAUGAGUUUCAUCCUGUCUGUGCUGAUCUGCAAGCCAAAAUUCUUCAGUGUUACCGCCAGAACACCCAGCAGACCCUCAGCUGCUCUGAUCUGGCCAACCAGUACAUGCGCUGUGUCAAUCAGGCCAAACAGAGCAUGCUUGAGAAGGGAGGAUAAACUCAACGUUUAGAACAAGCAAAACUCCUCAACGUUAAUUCCAGAGGCGGAACAUUUUUUUUUUUUUUUCUAGUGAGAAAGUAACCCAUUUAAAGAGAAGACGAUUAAAGAGAAGCACCAGAGAGCAGAUUCAGCCGAAGCACAUCCCAGUUUGAGUAGCUGCAGUGUGAAAAGCCAAGGCCUAGAUCAGGUAUCUGCCAGCAAGGACACUGCAGUGUUAGUCAACCCAUUUAUGACCAUUAAAAGAGAAAGGCACCCCCUCCUCCUUUUUAACUUUCUAUUCUUACCAGGCUCCAUGGUUUGGUGAACGUUCACCAAACAAAGCUGGGGUCUGGGAUGGUGGGGGGCGGAAGGGGGGACAAAGUAAUUAGAGUGGGGAGGUGGGAGGGGCACCAAACCUCCCUCUCCGCCCAGCGGUGCUGGGUAGAAUUGUCUAGGCUGUGGCACGUUGUUUUUCUCUUGUUCCUUUCUCCCCUUACUAUAUAAGAGCUACUUCAUUUUAACUUAUUAUAGUGAUCAUGUAAGUAAGACAAAAAGGAGAGAAAAAUGUACCUCUUUUACUGGAAUGAUGUUUAUGAUUACAAGUGAAAUAAGGCAUUUUUUAUCCUCAUAAAGGCAACCUUGGCUUAUACAACCUCUUCUCGAUCAUGAAUACUGACAUCUUUACUUCACUCACUAUCAAUAAUAAAUAUAUUUUCCGACGAA